CGUUUCGGGGCGGCGGCAGCGCGGCCAGGCAUCCCGCGCGCCCCGCGAGCUGACAUGCCGGCCGCCCGCGCCGCCCGCGUCUGUGCCCUGCUGCCCGCGCUCGCGCUCCUCGGCCGGGGUGAUUUUGAGGUCCUAGAAUCCUCAGGAGAUACUCCCUGGCCAGCUGAAAGAGGAGAUGGAGAGACAAUUUCAAGCACGCUUGCUGCAGUGACCACAGAAGCAUUAACUGCAGAUACGAAUUCCACCAACGUCACUGAGGAUGCAAUUCAGUUAGAUCUUUUAUUAAUGGUUGUGAUCCCAUUGAUUGCAUUGGUCCUCCUACUUUUAUCAAUGGUACUCUUUGUAGCAUACUAUAAAAGAGAAAGAACUAAAAAAGAGCCUUCUAGCCAAGGAUCUCAGAGUGCUUUGCAGACAUAUGAGCUGGGAAGUGAAAACGUGAAAGUCCCCAUUUUUGAAGAAGACACACCCUCUGUUAUGGAAAUAGAAAUGGAAGAGCUUGAUAAAUGGAUGAACAGCAUGAAUAGAAAUGCCGACUGUGAAUGUUUACCAACCUUGAAGGAAGAGAAGGAAUCAAACCACAACCCAAGUGAUAAUGAAUCCUAAAGCUGCAUGGUACUGAUGUUUUCCAAGAGAAGCAGCCCUGAGGGAGCCUGCUGGGCCAACAGAGGAUACGAAUUUAAUUAAUUUCAAAUCAACGUAGACACAAGAAGCUUUUGCUGUUUCUUCCAACGCCCACUCUUCCUAGUGACGGCCUCACCUGUCUGGGGGAGAAGGUGUGGCUGAGAAGAGGCCUGGCUGCCGUCCACUGCUGCCUGCGAGGGGGAGGAGGAGCAUGCGACGCUCUCCCUCCUCUCCGCCCACGUCUAGUCGCUGGACCAGGUCUGGCCAGGCUCUCUGAGUCCCUGUGACCUCUCUCUUCAUUCCCGUGGUUUACAUCAGGAAGCUGGGUUAUCUGUGCUUUCCUCCUGGGCCACCUUGUAACCUAGCUAGCUUUGAAUAAUUUCCUCAGAUUAUUCAAGUCCUCUGACAGGUAAAUUAUAAUCAGCUGGAACUUUUCUCAAGGAGUGUUAUGUCACGGACAGGACACCAAACAAAGCAAGCGUUUCAAUGUAUGCACCUUCCCAGCAGGGUGGUGAGCUCCGCUGGCCAAAAAGCAGCAGCCAGAGAGUCCACAGUCCCAAUGAGAUGUUGUUUGGUGACCUGUAGACCCUGAUCAGCCAGGCCCAGUCACCCUCGGGAACUUCUCCGAGGAACUAGGAAGCUUCCAUGGAAGAACAAAUCACCUCUACUUGUCAACAUUUCCCCAAAGCUCUUUGUUGUUCCCCCACACCUCACUGGUGUGUGAUAUGUGGGGAGGGAGUGUAUUCAGGGGUGUCAUCUGUCACCUUUCUGUGUGUCAGGGAUCUCUAAGGUAGUUUGACACAAACAGAAGAGGAGCAGGAAAUAUCUGUGCCUGUGGCGGAUGUCACUCACUGUGCUCAGCAUUCUUUCCUGCCAAACUGGGACAAGCCUCAUGUCCUCAAAUGGCACUCCAGGAGGUCACUAUCAGGCCAUCAGUGAUGACAUCCUAUGUGAUAUUGUUUGACAUCCUUGUGCUAAAAGCAAUGGCGCAAAAUGUGGAAGCGUCCAUUGAUCACUCCCACACACGUAAAAUCAAUCUCCACUUAAUCCUUAAUUUUCUAAUUGUGACCUUUUAAGCAAUCUAACAAAUUGGGAGUCCUCAGCUCUCCUAGGACACCUGAUAUUUUAUUCCAGGACAGAAACAAAGAAGGAAAACUAUUUAUUUUACCACUCACAUAUAACCUGGGGGAGAUGGGGUUAAACAAACAUUUGCUGCUAAAUUGGGGGUCCUGUGUUUGAAAGCCUGCCUUAAUGCGUGAAAAAAAUAUUGCCCCUCUUCUACUUUUUAGGAUCCCUUUAACAAGUAUUUGCCUUCUGAACUAUGCCGAUAAUUUUGAAGGCAGAGUUCCAGACCAGAGAAGCCUUUCUAUACGAUGAAAGAUACAACUGUCUGGUUGUGUUUAACCACUGCUAUCAUGCUAUCCCGUAGAGACGAGACAAAAGACUCUUCAUGGCAUUUAACCUCAACAGAUUUGUCUGUCAUAUUCUCGUCAGCGCAUCCACAUAUGGCUUUGUGUUUUCAUUGCUAUCUUGCACACUCGUAUUCAACUUGUGAUCCACAGUGACUCUCAGACCUUUAUGCCAAAAUCGCUGUUUUCUGAAUCAUGAUGUAUCUGUUUUUCUGCUAUGUUUGCAAACUACUUUCGGUUUGUUUCUCAACAUUUUGACUCUCAGAAGAGGCUCCGUGUCCUUUUUCUCUCUAGGAAAGGGAACACUCAGGCCUUCAAAUUUGAUCCAACCCUAUCAAAUAAUGAACUUCACAAGUUCAGAGAAGUACACAGGGUCCUGGAAUCUUACUUUGAUGAAGCUGUCCUUUCUGAUGUGAUACAAAUAUUCUUACUCAGUAGUUUAAAUAAUUUGAAAUCCCAGAAGAAGCAAAUUUCAGCAAUGUGUCAUUGAGUUUAUAUCUGACCAGUCUAUAAUUGCACAGUGUACAAGGCACUUUUUAAAAAGAGAGUGUAUUCUGGCAAAAUAUAUGAAGUUGGUAUGAGUCAAAACAGUCAGGCAUCAAUUCUAACACCUGUGUCUUUUUAUUGUUAUUCAGUCAAUAGGCAUUGUGUAUUUAUGACAAGUUCAAGAAUUGGUUUUAAGCCCAAACUUAAUUUUAUGUUUCAGAUUAUUGUUAGUUAAAAAAAAAAAAAUCUCAUUAAUUUGCCCUAAUUGGAUAACCAAUCAGAGCAAAAUCUGACUUUAGAAUAUUUUAAAGAUGUGUAAGUUUUACUGCAUUUUUGUACAUCUUAAGCAAACUAGGCGAACAGCAUUGCCCAGUUGAACUCCUCAGGAAACUUGUUUUAAUAAAUAUAAAAAUAUCCAUUUGGGACUCAACUCGA